AUGCCUGGACUUUGGCCUUUUCUCCUGAUUCCCAGUAUCUGGCCACAGGAACUCAUGUGGGGAAAGUGAACAUUUUUGGUGUGGAAAGUGGGAAAAAGGAAUAUUCUUUGGACACAAGAGGAAAAUUCAUUCUUAGUAUUGCAUAUAGCCCUGAUGGGAAGUAUCUGGCCAGUGGAGCCAUAGACGGGAUCAUCAAUAUUUUUGAUAUUGCAACUGGAAAACUCCUGCACACGCUGGAAGGCCACGCUAUGCCCAUCCGCUCCCUGACCUUCUCCCCGGAUUCCCAGCUCCUUGUCACUGCUUCAGAUGAUGGCUACAUCAAGAUCUAUGAUGUACAACACGCCAAUCUGGCCGGCACGCUGAGCGGCCACGCAUCGUGGGUGCUGAACGUUGCCUUUUGUCCCGACGACACUCACUUCGUUUCCAGUUCAUCUGACAAAAGUGUGAAAGUUUGGGAUGUUGGCACGAGAACGUGUGUCCACACCUUCUUCGACCACCAGGAUCAGGUCUGGGGAGUAAAAUACAAUGGAAAUGGCUCAAAAAUUGUGUCCGUGGGCGAUGACCAGGAAAUCCACGUCUACGAUUGCCCCGUGUAAACACCAGAGUCUCGCAGGCUGGUGUGUAGAUCACAACAUUCCUUGCCUUUCUAGCAUUUAUUGGAGCAAAAACAAAUUUUGUAGAUACAGGAUCAAUCUUUUCAUGUUCUGUUAUUGGAAAUGCUGUUCAUACUUGAACAUAAAGUGUUUAUAACACCAA